AUGCCCCCGACUCGUUUUAGGACACUCGUUAUUGUCGCUGGCGCUGCGCUUAUAACACUAUUUGUUCUUUCUUCGUCAACGCGACAAGUCGCCUCGCAUGCUGCCAGUGCUGUAAAGCCUGCCAACUUCCCAACCUUCGAUCUUGAGGUCCCGACGAGAUUCACAUGGCAUCACUCUGCGCACAAGCCGCCUGAGCAAAAGAACAGCACCAGUGGUGAAGCCUCCUGGUAUGCUGACUGGCGAUGGCUGAAUCCAUUCUCCUCGUCUGUCACGCUCGACGAAGACCGCGCACUUCUACCACCGCUAGCCGAGCGACCCUUUGUUUAUACCUACUGUGAUACUACGGUGAAAAGAGACAAGGAAACCAAAAAGGUUGACUCGGAAAUCAUACAGACAUGGCGGAGGGCAUGGUGGGCUAAAGGCUUCCGACCAGUGGUCUUGACACAGGCUGAGGCUAUGGCUAAUCCGCUAUACCGGGAGCUUGGUCCAAAGGGUAUGCAAAAAACGUUAGAGUACGACUUUGCAAGAUGGUUGGCCUGGAGUCAUAUGGGCACCGGACUGCUCGCGGAUAUAUUUUGUGUGCCUAUGGCCACAUAUGAUGAUCCACUACUUUCUCACCUGAGACGGAACGACUUCGAGCAGCUCACCAGAUUCGAAGGCUUGGGAAAUGGCCUAUUUGCAGGAAACAAAGCACAGGUCGAAUCAGCCGUCAAGAAUGCGCUUAACGAUGCUAGACUAAGCACGUUCAAAUCCAUCACAGAAGCCGUGCAGAGCAGUCAAUUCCGGGUUGAGCAGCCAACCUCGUUUGCCUACUACGACUCCGAAAGCCUGACGAGACGCUAUUCUGCAGUAGCUGAUGAAAUCCUCCUUGAUCCCAUCAAAGGUCGCCGCGAACUCAACAAGCUAAUAGUCUCCCACCUCCACACUGUUUGGCAGAACACUUUCAGCACUGGUAUAGAAGUGCUCAAGCCACUACCAGCGCACACCACAGCACUAGUGGAGCCAUCUCUGCACUUAGCUCAACUCCUAGUCGAAUGUCCAGAAACACUUCUUCCCUCCUCCUGCCCACCCAACAAGCCAAAAUGCACACCCUGCGUAGGCUCACGCAUGCCCAUCACACAGCCCGAAGCCUUUCGAAACGUCAGCACCCUCUAUACCAUCGCAACCGUCCCUCACCCUUACACAAUGAUCACCCUCAACAACCAAUCAAGCGAAAUCACCAUAGCCCACAUCCGCCGCAAAACACCUCGUGACUCUUGGAUCCACAGCGUAACCCGCGACGUGCUGGGCGACGGCCGCGGCGGUCCAUCCCGAGUCGUCGCCUUCAAAGACGCCGUCGCCAGCACCUUCGGCCAACAACGCUCCCUCUGGUUCACAGUCGAGCACUUCCCCUCCAACAUCGCCAUCGACAUCACCUCGGACAAAGUCCCCACCAACGACGUCCAAUCCGCUCCCAUCGACACCCGCACCCCCUUCCCCGAAAACUGGCUCCAAGAAAUGGCCUGGCACUUUGGCUUCGCCAUUCCCCGCAGCACAAUCUCCCAUGGCGAAAGCAUGAGUCCCGUCCCCUUACCUGGUGACCAACGUUGGCAAAAAGGCCAGCAAGGUAUACCCGCUGACAAAAAGGGAAGCUACGACCCACCUGAUCCGACGGAGAACCAGCAGAGGGUUGAAGCGCAGUUGUUGAAGAAGGCAAGGGACACGAUUAAUUCGAAGGAUAAGCGUUUGAGACAGAUGAGGGAUGUGGCUGAGAAGUGGAACCUGGCUGAUCUUGAGGCGUGGAGAUUCGUUAGGGCUUUUCAUGCGCGAAAGGUGGUUGAGCGGGAGCUAUUUGAGGAGGAGGAGAGUAGGUUUGAUGGGACAGGUGGUGCGAGGGGUGGGAGGUGGUGGUAG